UUUUAUCAUCUUUUCAAUGAAGCAAAUUUAUCAAAUUUUAUAAAAAUUCAACCUCCUUUUAUCCAAUUUUCUAAUCAAAUAAUAAAGCGCCGUGACCGUCCCGAAUUUCAUAAUACAAGCGUCUUAAUCAAACGGCUCAUCUGUCUCUCCCCCACGCAAAAAUCAUUCAGAUCCGAUCUUUUUAUAUCCGAUCCAAAGAUGUCGUCAACGUUUAGCGGCGAUGAAACGGCACCGUUCUUCGGUUUCCUUGGCGCUGCGGCCGCCCUAGUAUUCUCCUGUAUGGGGGCGGCUUACGGUACGGCGAAGAGCGGCGUUGGAGUGGCGUCGAUGGGAGUGAUGCGUCCGGAGCUGGUGAUGAAGUCCAUUGUGCCGGUGGUUAUGGCUGGUGUUUUAGGUAUUUAUGGAUUGAUUAUUGCUGUGAUCAUUAGUACCGGAAUUAACCCUAAAGCCAAGUCUUAUUACUUGUUUGAUGGCUACGCUCACCUUUCGUCCGGUCUGGCUUGUGGCCUCGCUGGUCUGUCUGCCGGCAUGGCCAUCGGAAUUGUGGGGGAUGCUGGUGUUAGAGCCAACGCACAACAGCCAAAGCUCUUUGUUGGGAUGAUUCUUAUUCUCAUUUUUGCGGAAGCUUUGGCUCUUUAUGGUCUUAUUGUUGGCAUUAUUCUCUCUUCUCGUGCUGGUCAGUCAAGAGCAGACUAGGCGAGGGCAUUUAGCUCGAGACUACGGUUUGUUUCUUGGUACGAAAUGGUCGUUGGACUACGGCGGAUUUUCUUAGUUUCGAGCUUUAUAUGUGUGUGGCAAUUGCCAGGCCAUAAGUUGGCAGUUGAUAUGUACUGAUGAUAGAUGUAGAUGUAUUCUAGUUCUCCCUCCCUCCCCUAAUAAAGUUGUUUUUGAGUACUAUAUUAAUGUGGUGUCUUGCUAGACCCAGAUUUGAUUUGUGUAAAACCACUGUAUUUUGCUUUUGCAAGUUCAAUCCACAUUAGUGGUAUUUUGUUCGGAUA